ACCAAUUAUAAUAUUCAAUUACAUGGGUGGACAACACACAAAUUCUGAUGUAAUAUGGAUAUGGACAUGUUUUAAGGACCCAGUUUAUGUCGUAUCAUGAAAAUGGAAGUGUUGUCCAAGUUGGAGAAUUGUUGCCUUGCAAGAUUUGUGGAAGAACGUUCUUUCCAGUAGCAUUAAAAAAACACGGACCUAUUUGUCAGAAAACUGCCACUAAAAAACGAAAGACUUUUGAUUCAAGCAGACAGAGAGCUGAAGGAACUGAUAUUCCAACAGUAAAACCUCUAAAACCUAGGCCAGAACCACCAAAGAAACCAUCCAAUUGGAGAAGAAAACAUGAAGAAUUCAUUGCCACAAUAAGAGCAGCUAAAGGCCUUGAUCAGGCACUUAAAGAGGGUGGCAAGCUUCCUCCUCCUCCACCACCUUCUUAUGAUCCUGAUUAUAUUCAAUGUCCAUAUUGCCAGAGGAGAUUCAAUGAAAAUGCAGCUGAUAGACAUAUAAAUUUUUGCAAAGAGCAAGCAGCACGUAUCAGUAAUAAGGGCAAAUUUCCUGAUACCAAAGUAAAACCAACAUCACGGGCACAGCAUAAGCCUCCUGCACUUAAAAAGUCAAAUUCUCCUGGAACCAUGUCAUCAGGAUCUUCACGAUUACCACAGCCAAGUAGCACUAGCAAAACUGUUACAGGUAUGCCUUCAGGUAAAGUGUCUUCAGUUAGCAGCUCUUUGGGAAAUAAACUUCAGACCUUAUCUCCUUCUCAUAAAGUGAUAGCAGCCCCUCAGGCAGGUAAGAUGGACAAGUUAGGCCCUCCACUUCGAACUGGAAGAAAUGUGCAAAGGUUGUAUGACAGUGAUACAAAAUCAGACAGUGCCUUCAAAAGACAUGAGUUAUUACCCAUUUACAAAGCUAACAUCAAAUCUCGUAAUUCUACACCACCUAGUUUGGCAAGAAAUUCUGUGUCAGGUGUGCUUAUGAACAAAAGAAAAACGUAUACUGAUAGCUACAUAGCCAGGCCAGAUGGAGACUAUACAUCUUCACUUAAUGGCGGAAACAUUAAAGGCAUUGAAGGAAAUUCAUCUGGACACUUGCCAAAAUUCUGCCAUGAGUGUGGGACAAAGUACCCCGUAGAAUGGGCAAAGUUCUGCUGUGAAUGUGGCAUCCGAAGAAUGAUUCUGUAAACUGAAUCCCAAAAGAAAAAGAACCAGCUUCAGAGUUUUAAGGUUAUUGCUGCUUGGACAGCUAAAAUACUUCCUCUAGUUAUUUUAUGCUAAAACUAUUCAAAAUAACCUUUCCCCAAAUUUUUGGAGCAUAAUCCUUUGGCUGUGUAAUGUGUGUUUGUAAAUAUAUGUAUAUGUACUGUACAUAAUAAAUACCUGCUAUCCCAAGCUGUGCCACUCAAGGAAAUACUUACAUGUCAGGAAAUAAUUUCAAAUGGAAUCAUUAACUUGGGUACUACUCUCCUGUUGUUAAAGUAAGUUCAGGAUACCUCCACAAAUGCUCCUUAGAGCUUAGCCCUUCAGGCUUUGGAUAAUCAAUCACAAUUUUGAGCAAAACAGCAGAAUAAACGCCGUUAUUGGUGCCUGUUUUCAGAUAGUAUCAUAGUAGGAUGGGAUUCUCCAGAUUUUGUAAUUGAAGAGAAUGUUUUAGUAUCAGUUGAUGUAAGGUCAUUUUCCUGUUGAAAUCUUCAACCGCUAAUUCUAUAUUCUUCAGAAAAAAAUCUAAGGUCUAUGUUGCACCUAGCUUAGUGGAUUAUUAG